UGUCUGGCAAGCUGAAUGAUGAUGAUGAUGAUGAUAAUAACAAUAAUGAUCAUUCCUCUCUGCUACAGCAUGCCUGUGGCCUGCAUUGCAUUAUUUGGCAGACAUGUGACAUUAAUUUGUCCUUGUGGCAAAUGCUUGUGGUUUGGUUUGUGCAUGAAAAGGCUUUGGCACUGAUGUUAAAACUCUGUGUAGACCUCCCUCUCUCUCUCUCUCUCUCCCUCUCUCUAUCUGUGUCUCUCUCUCUCACUCCCUCUCUGUUCAUAUACUUCGCUAUAUUCCGCUCAAUAGCUUCAGUCGCGGUUAACGAGCGUGCGGUUGUCAGGAGAGACGCGCGUGCAGCACAGCGAACAGCUUUAACGGCAGAGCGGCACGGGCUCUCCCCCGCCAUUUCCUCGUGCCGAGCCCUGGAAUGUCGAGUAGCGGCUCGGGCUCUUCCUCGCGGAAGGAGUUCGAUGUGAAGCAGAUCCUCAGGAUCCGAUGGAGGUGGUUCGGUCACCCCGCGGUCCCUCCGCCUCACUCCCCGCCGCUGGGAGACUACUUCGCUGGGAGGAGAACGGGCGGCAGCUCCGGGGACGGACCUUCAGUUAGCGGCUGUAGCAACUCGACUUCAGCCGGCGUAAACCCCAGCUCGGGGGGUCACGGCGGUCUGGUGGCCAGCGGCAGCGCUGGGUCUAACCUGUGUAACGGCAGCGGCAGCAACAGAAAGUUUGCUGAUCCGGCGGGGAGUCGGGGCGGUGCGGGGGGAGCGGCGGUUGGAGCAACGGGGAGCUCCUGUCCCCGCUCCUUCAGCCAGCCAGAGUGCAGGAGCUCCGCCGCGGCGCUGUCGUGGGUCUCCCCGCCGCCUCUCCGUCGCUCUCGGCCGGUGACGAGCAUGGAGCCCCCCGGCGAGGCUCCGGUGCCCCAGCUGGUAACCGAGCCCUCCGCUCAUGUCGGGGUUGAGGAGGAGGUGGCGGCGGCACCGGGAGCGUCGGGCACCGAGGAGAAUAUCCACCCGGAAACAGACUCCAGCUCCUGCAGGACGUCUAACAGCAGCGCCACACUGUCCUCGUGCGUGUCAAUGGAGCCAUGUGCAUGUCCAGAGGAGUGCAUGUUCACCGCUCUGUCCCACGCCGACGUCACUUUCCGCAAGAUGGAGGGCUACCUGAGGUCCCGACAGCUGUGUGAUGUCAUACUGGUGGCUGGAGACAAGCGGAUACCUGCUCACAGACUUGUCCUCUCAUCCGUGUCAGACUACUUUGCUGCCAUGUUCACCAGUGACGUUAGGGAAGCUAAGCAGGACGAGGUGAAGAUGGAAGGAGUAGACCCUGAUGCAUUGUGGGUCCUGGUGCAAUAUGCAUACACAGGCCGUCUCGAGUUGAGGGAGGACACCAUUGAGUCUCUGCUGUCAGCCUCCUGCCUGCUGCAGUUGUCAUCGGUGGUUCAGGCUUGCUGUUCGUUCCUCAUGAAGCAGCUCCACCCCUCCAACUGUCUGGGUAUCCGCUCCUACGCCGAUGCUCAGGGCUGCCAUGACCUGCAGAGGGCUGCUCACGCCUACACCAUGGAACACUUUUUAGAGGUGGUGGGAGGCCAGGAGUUCCUGUUGCUCCCAGUGGAGGAGAUGGAGAGGCUCCUCACGUCUGAUGACGUUAACGUGCCGGACGAGGAAACCGUGGUAACCUCUUUGCUAACAUGGGUCGGUCAUGACGCCGCCUCACGGGAACGUCACCUACCCUUGCUGCUGGCUCACAUCCGACUGCCGCUGUUGCAGCCACAGUUCUUGGCAGAUCUGGAGUCCAACCCUCUGCUCCGGGACAGUAUGGAGUGCCAACGGCUGCUGAUGGAGGGGAUGAAGUAUCACCUCUUGCCUCAGCGCCGGCCCCUGCUUCAGAGUCCCCGCACCCGGCCCCGCAAGGCCACAGUUGGGGCCAUGUUCGCUGUCGGGGGCAUGGAUGCUACGAAGGGUGCUACCAGCAUCGAGCAGUACUGUCUGCGUCGGGACACGUGGAGGCAGGUAGCCACCAUGAGUGGACGGAGACUACAGUUCGGUGUUGCUGUCCUGGACGGCCGUCUGUAUGUGGUGGGCGGGCGAGAUGGACUCAAGACCCUCAACACUGUGGAGUGUUACAACCCGCACAGCAAGACCUGGAGCGUCAUGCCCCCCAUGUCCACACACAGGCACGGCUUAGGGGUAGCUGUCCUAGAGGGGCCCAUGUACGCAGUCGGAGGACAUGACGGCUGGAGCUACCUCAGCACAGUGGAAAGGUGGGACCCUCAAGCUCGCCAGUGGAGCUUUGUUGCAAGUAUGGCUACACCCAGAAGCACAGUGGGUGUAGCUGUACUCAAUGGCAAGUUGUAUGCAGUAGGAGGUCGUGACGGCUCAUCCUGCCUGCGCUCAGUGGAGUGUUUCGACCCUCAUACCAACAGGUGGAGUGGUUGUGCUCCUAUGGCUAAAAGGCGUGGAGGAGUGGGCGUGGCCACAUGGCAUGGCUUUCUAUAUGCCAUCGGAGGUCAUGAUGCUCCAGCUUCAUCCCUUGCAUCUCGGCUAAGUGACUGUGUGGAGAGGUAUGACCCUCAGACAGAUGUGUGGACAGCAGUCGCCCCCAUGAGCAUCAGUAGAGAUGCCGUUGGUGUUUGUCUCCUUGGCGACCGUCUCUAUGCUGUCGGGGGUUAUGAUGGGCAGGUGUAUCUCAAUACUGUAGAGGCUUACGACCCUCAGACAAAUGAGUGGACACAGGUAGCACCACUGUGUGUGGGCAGAGCAGGAGCAUGUGUGGUGGCCGUCAGACUGUGAAAACACAAGCACCAACGUUCAGAAGGACUGUGCAUGAUGUGGCUCAGAGACCCUCUGUUUCACCAAGAAACCCGUCCACCUGCCAGCAUGUGAUCGCCGAGUUGGAGGCUGAUUACGAACACUCUGUCAGGUUUUACACUUCAACAAAGUCAGAUUUCACUCUCCUUAACAACUGCCUGCCAUUCAUUUGAAUGUUUAGGAUUAGGUUCGAGUUAUGUCAUGUGUCAGGUUUCUGAGUUUCAUAUUUGAACAUAUCUUCUGCCACAGAAGUGAGCCACCACCGCCACCACUGAUGAGGAAUCUGCAGUGUUUAUCUGAGCAUGACAGAACAGCUGUCUCGCAGCUUUUUUUUUCCUUGCCUAUUAUUCUGUUCCUGUAGACAAGUUGGGACACACACACACACAUACACACACACACACACACACACACACACAGGUAAACUUACAUGUCUGCUUUCAGCUUCUAUUUCUGCUGACAGAAAGGUGAGAGAGACAGAGAGAGCUUGUCAAGACAGUUGAGAUGCCUCAUCAGUUUAUGCUCUCAGUUUUCCUAACAAUAUCCGAUCGUGUGUAUUGAUGCUAUUUUUAUAUAUUCCCUAUUAUUUUAUGCUGCAGUUGGCAAGUGCUCUCUUCCUCUUUCUUUCCCUUUCUUGCCUGCUGACUGAUGAAAGAAAGACUUUUGACAUAAUCAGCACAACCUUAUGAACAGCCAUGCUGUAAGAAACUGUGACGCCCUUUAUUCUUUUCAGUCAAAAACAUAUCAUCUGGCUUUAUCUAAUGUUUCUGUGUGUAUGUCUUCCAUGUUGCAUCAGCUCACAUCUGAAGCAUAGAGUACACUGUGAUAUGCAUGUUAUUGUAGCUUUUUUACAAGCUGCACUGGAAAAUUAUCCAACUUUUUUUUCUGUCUUCUUUUUAACUGUAUAAUCCCGACAUUGUUCACAUAAUUGAGGUCCACGAAGUAGUGUUAUUGGGUUUACAGCCUGAGUAAUAAUAAGAGUAACUGUGGCCCUUUGUUGAUCCCUGUAGGGAAAUUUUAUUUUCAAUUUCCCACAGGGCAAAGGGUCAGCUCUUUUCAGGCUUGGUUUUACAUAGAGUCAGUUGAGCUUUUCUGUCCUACCCCUCUUUCUUUCUAACUCCUGUCGAUGUUUCCUUUGUGUAUGGGUGUGUGUGUGUGUCUGUGUGUUUGGGUGCUCAGAGAUUGCAAGAAGUAUAUUUUUAUCUCAAAUGAGAACCUUCCCGCUUCCCCUCUCCACAUCUUCGAUUCCCUGCUGCUUUCGCUUCAUCUUCAUUUUCCCAUUUCAUCACCACACACAAACACACACACACACACACACACACACACAAGUACAUGCACCACUACACUUUAGUGCAGAAUUGGAUACCCAGACAAAAUGAACAACAGACCAUAUAAUGAGACCAUGAAUUUAAUAACGCUGGUUCAGCCGGUGCGACGUUUUGUUUGAUGUCGAGUUCAAAGCAUUAUUAGAUUUGAUGCUGCUGUAGACAAAAUAUCAGACAUUAGUGAAAAAUGAAAUGACCUCAUGUGUUCAUAUUCGGGGGCUUGUUUCUGUAAACCUACACGUCAAGAAACUUCAAGAAUACGAAGAUGACUGCUGACUGCAGGUUUAAUACUUAAAUGCCAAAUUCCUUUGUGUGGCUCAAUCUGCUCCUCUGGUGGGUGUGUGCAUGCAUGUGUGUGUCUUGUGCACAGAGAGCAAACUCCAGACAGUGAGAGGCAAAGCAGGCAUCCUGUCUGAACUGACAGAUCUACAGCUAAUGUAGCCCCCAGGAUGCACUUCAUAAACACACAUGGACAUAUCACAUUUACACACACACACAAACACACACUUAACCACACAGCUGAAAGCCAAGUGCCCCAGGAGCCAGCGUAGAUUGAAAAGCCUCCCAUCUUUGCCAGCAUGACAUCUAAAAAGCUGAGACAGGCCGGCUAGCGAUUCCCUACAGCUGAGCUGAUGUUUAUUCAAGCCUAACGCACAGCUGCAUUAUUCUAUUUUCUUCCCCCUCAUACCUGCCCACUGUUUAUUUAGAGAGUAAUUCUCUUUAGAUCAGAGCAGAAGAAGUGUGUCACCUCCACUGUGUAGAUGUAGUCAGAGAGUUUGAUUUCAGUCAGAGGUUAAAAAUAAAGACAGACAUUCCAAAAGAGUCUACAUAUUCAGUGUAUAUUAUGUACAUAAUAAAUCUGUAUGUAGUCUUAUUGCAUUAUGCUGUAUAUUAUAUAGUGUGCACUAAAUAUAUCGUGUUAUUGUGUUUCUUUUUGUACCACCAAGAAGUAAUAAAAUGAUGGUUGGUGAGAAAAGUUAAA